GGAUAAAAGCCAGCCCAGUCCUCUUCCGCUAUCUAGUUAUUGCAGCAGUAGAUAGAAUGGGGAUACAAAACAUGAAAUAGAAGCUGAAAAACAGCAGCAAAUGUCAAAAAUCAAGUUCCCAAAAACACAAUUUAGUCAUUGAAGUAACAGAGAGGAAAAAGAAACAAAGAGAAAAGAAGAAUAGAGAUAAAUUAUGUAUUCAACCUCAAUGCUACGUCGUUUCUUCUUCUUCAAUGCAGCAGCAUCAUCGUCUUCAAUAACACCUUCUUCUUACACUACUACUAUUACUUCCAAGAAAAAAUCACUUGUCUUCUUGGGUUCCCCUCAGGUCUCUGCAACAGUUCUUGAUGCUCUCUUCAAUGCUUCUGCUGCACCAAGUUCUUCUUUUGAGGUCACAGCAAUUGUUACUCAGCCGCCUUCUAGAAGAGAUAGGGGCAGAAAGGUGAUGCCGUCACCGGUGGCACAAUAUGCUCUUGAUAGAGGCUUUCCUUCUGAUCUCAUCUUCACACCCGAACGUGCUGGAGAGGAGACCUUCUUGUCCAAUUUACGAGCUUUGCAGCCUGAACUUUGCAUCACAGCAGCCUAUGGGAAUAUUUUACCCACCAAGUUUCUCAACAUUCCACCAUUAGGAACGGUCAACAUUCACCCGAGUCUACUACCAUUGUACCGUGGUGCUGCUCCUGUUCAAAGAGCACUUCAGGAUGGUGUUAAAGAGACCGGAGUCUCAUUAGCAUUUACCGUACGUGCCUUAGAUGCUGGACCUGUCAUUGCCCGUGAAAGAGUAGAAGUUGAUGACCAAAUCAAGGCACCGGAUCUGCUAGCAUUACUAUUUUCUGAAGGGUCUAAACUUCUUAUCUGUAAACUUCCUUCCAUAUUUGAUGGAUCUGCUGAAGUGAAUGCCGAACCUCAAGAUGAUUCUAAAGUUACAUUGGCUCCAAAGAUAAGUCCUGAAGAAUCAUGGUUAUCCUUUGAUGAAGAAGCUUUAAUUCUACAUAAUAAGGUUCGUGCAUUUGCAGGUUGGCCAGGAACCCGAGCUAAAGUUUUAGUCAUUGAUGAUGAAAGUAGCAACAACCAUAAUAUCCUCGAACUUAAAAUCAUCACCACAAGAGUAGGGUCUAAUGAUAAAAUCCGGGACAAUGAUGUACAUGACAUUGCUUUCAUCAAGGAUGCAUUGGUAUUUCCCUGUGGAGGACGUACAGAUCUUGAGGUAUUGGAAGUUCAACUUCCUGGUAAGAAGGUGACAUCUGCAGCUGCCUUUUGGAAUGGUUUACGCGGUCAAAAGCUAAAGACAUUAUAAUGAACAAGGCAUUUUACAUUAGACUGAUAAUAGCAUUGAACCAACUUCCCUCUUUCAUCCGGGCAAAGCUGCAGAAAACAUAUAAGACAGUAAAACUACCCGAGUUUUGUCCAGGUUCGUGUGUUCCAGCUUCAUAUCAUUUGCUUACUUCAUAAACUGGGAUCUGCCACAUGACAUCAGCUAUGGACUCUGAUUGUUGACUCUUUUAAGAGCAUACAAUUCUUUUUGGUAACCAUGAAAUGUAGGUUUAGACAUAAUUGUUUAUUUCAAACAUGACAUACUGCAAGAUGUUCAAUCAUUUUCACCAUGUUGGUUUUUCAAACCCGAGGUUUAGGAACCUAUAAACUUCUGCUAUUGAUUGUUCAAUAAUCUCGUCAUGUACCUCUUUUCAUCGUCUUCGUUUAGCAACUCGGUGUAAUCUUUGUUCUGCUGAAACAUCUUGCUGAAUAUCUUUGAUCA